GGCAAAUGACGUUUUCGUUGGAAACGAAUACCCAGGAUGACCCAGGUCAAUCUUGAUACAAGUCAGUAGUCGCAGAAGCUGACUGGGCCGUACAAGCGGCUCGAAGGCAGGUCCGCAUACUCCGCACACAUCUUGUGGAGCGUCAUGUCGGCAGUCAGAGCGCAGGCCGCCGCCACACCGGUAGCGCAGAAUCUAAACUAGAGCUCCGACGCUAGCGUGCUUCAGUGACAUUUACUAGGUCGUCACUCACCACACAGACCUAGGAGCUGGAGUAAACUGUGGUUGUCUCAAUGGCAGCUUGCGGUUCGCACAUGCGCAUUCUUGGGACUGGCUGUCUCCGUGCAAAUCACGGCACUUUCUCGUGCAGAUCGUCCGACCCUGCUUUGCGUUUAUAGAUACGUAGGUAUGCUCGAUUCAACGCUCGUGCUGUCAAUGCUAUCAAUUGCACCACACCCUAAUGCGUCUCCUCACACAUGUCCUUUUGUUCACGUUAGGUGCCUGCAUAGGCCAUGUAUCCGGAACUGAUAUCGCUGAGCGAGCACUCGGAAUAGCAGAUAUUCCUCCCUGUGGUCUCUCAUGCCUUCUACAAACCGUUCCUGCCGCUGGUUGUAGCCUUAUAGACACCGAGUGCCAGUGUAAGAGCGAGGAGCUUACGUACAGCACAGCAGCAUGUAUUCUCGCCAACUGUACUAUGGCCGACUCACUCGGCACCGCAAAAGUCCAGGCUGAACUCUGCAACUUACCACACGAGUCAAAGACAGAACUUCUAUUUGCGUCCCUGACAACUGUUUAUGCAACAGUGUGUCUGUUCGUGACACUGCGGCUCGCGACCAGAGUGCUCAACAAGCGCGUGAGUAGCGAUGACUGGUGCAUCCUGGCAGCCUUGUUACUUGCUACUGCGGCAUACACGUCUGCAUACGAAAUGACACAGUACAAUUUUGGAAAGCACUUGUGGGACCUUGAACAGGGUCAAUUGCAGAUGGCGCUGAAAUACUUCUACAUCUGUUGGAAUCUCUACGUCGUCAUGCUUGCUCUGGUCAAGAUUUCGUUGAUAGCCUUCUACCUACAAGUCUUUCUCGACCGCCGAUUUCGUAUCACCUGCUGGAUCGUCCUGGGCUACAUUAUUCUUUCCUCUUUAAUCAUCCAAUUCUUGACGAUCUUUUCGUGUUCUCCAAUACAGUCGUUCUGGGAUCGCGACAUCAAAGGCACGUGCUUAGACGUCGGCGCCAUCGGGUUUGCGAAUAGUGCAAAUGCUAUUCUGCAGGAUAUCAUCAUCUUGGUUAUGCCAAUGCCGAGUCUUUACAAGCUACAGAUGAAAAGGUGGCGUAAGGCCGCAGUGGCACUCAUGUUCGCAGUUGGAGCUUUUGGCUGCAUCACGACAAUAAUGCGGCUACAUUCACUUUCAGGAUUCAAAAUCUCUCUUGAUCCAACUUGGGACUACACAAAUGUGACCAUAUGGACAGGCGCCGAACUCGCUGCUGGCAUGGUUUGUGCAUCACUGCCUGCUGUGCGGCAACUACUCGUCAUCAUUGUGCCAAGUCGGUUCCACGUUUUUCUCACAAAUCGGUCACGUAACCGAAGUGUGCCAGACCAAGAUCGACAGAGACGACCAAAAGGCCCAUCCGUGUUUCCUGUUCCAUCGUUCCUGCACUCCGCGAAGGAUUCUUAUGGCGUGACAACAGACAUCUCGGCGUCAAGCUGGACCAAGUCUAGAGCAGAGACCGUACCAGACAUUGAACGCGGAGAUGGUACUGCUACACAAACAACAACCUCUAUAUGGAAUCCUCUCCGAACUCUGUUCCCAAAACAGUCACGAUCCUUCCAGACCUCGUUUUGGUCAUCUCUGGAUCGAAGCGGCAGUCCUACGUUACGAACUGAACGAACUCGUUCUUCUGACGCUACUAGCUUUCAGACAACGAGCCCUCGCACAGAGAUAGCAGAAGCAACAGGAAAAUCUAGCGUAGAUGAGCACAUCGAGUUGCUUCAGGUGCCGCGUCACAGCUACCAACCGAGUUAUUGCCGUGGCAGUGAGUACGACUGUAUCACAGCUCUACCAAGGGUGGGAGUGCUUAGAAACGAAGAGCAUAUCUAUAAUCAAACAGCGCCGAGGUCCUAGAAAUCGG